AUGUCCUUCCUGCGCCGCCGCAUCCUGAGUGAUCCUUCAUCCAGCGAACCAUCUCGCGACGCGAGCCCAGCACGAGAUAAUGAAGACGAAGGCGACAAUGGAAGCAGCAGAGAUGAUAAGGACGAGGAAUACAAGAUCAUACCCGCGAGCAAGCUCCAGAAGCUUCAAAAGCUUACUAAGAAAAAGUCCUCCAGCAAGCGGCGAAAUGUCUGGAUCUUCGGGCUGGGGGGCCUAUUCGGUAUCCUACUGGCGGUCUUCUUCGCCGGCAACAGCGACAUGGUUGACCUAGCAUCGCUGACGGACCUGAAUCUGGACUCGAUCCUCGACGUGCUGCCCGCGGGGCUGGUCAAGGAUGCGCAGGCCCUGCAGAAACACGAACGUGACGCCGUAAACUACGAUUCUUUUUCCGUGGGACUGCACGCGCAAUCGCAAGGCAUCAAGGCCACGCACCCGGUAAUCAUGAUUCCCGGCGUCAUCAGCACAGGGCUCGAAAGCUGGGGCACGGCGGAGGAAUCACGGCAGUAUUUCAGGAAGCGGUUGUGGGGCAGCUGGAGCAUGAUGCGGGCAUUGGUGCUGGACAAGGCGAGCUGGAAGCGGCACAUCAUGCUGGACAAGUACACGGGGCUGGAUCCGCCGGGCAUCAAACUGCGUGCCGCGCAAGGCUUUGACGCCGCGGACUUCUUUAUCACGGGAUACUGGAUCUGGAACAAGAUCCUCGAGAACCUAGCUACAAUCGGGUACGAUCCGACGAAUGCAUUUACGGCUGCGUACGACUGGAGACUCACGUACAUGAACUAUGAGAAGCGCGACCAGUACUUCACGCGCCUGAAGGCGCAUAUUGAAAUCGCGGUCCGCAUCUCAAACAAGAAGGUCGUCCUGCUUAGCCACAGCAUGGGCUCGCAGGUCCUGUACUACUUCUUCCACUGGGUCGAAGCGGAAGGCUAUGGCGACGGCGGAUUCGGCUGGGUGGACGCCCACGUCGACUCCUGGAUCAACAUCAGCGGCUGCAUGUUGGGCGCCUUGAAGGGCAUGCCUGCCGUGCUCUCCGGCGAAAUGAAAGAUACAGCUCAGCUAAACGCCUUCGCCGUCUACGGCCUCGAGAAGUUCCUCUCCCGCUCUGAGCGUGCUGACAUCUUCCGCGCUAUGCCCGGCAUCUCCAGCAUGCUUCCCAUCGGCGGCGACGCCGUGUGGGGCAACCGAACAUGGGCGCCCGACGACACUCCCGGCCAGAACGUCAGCUACGGGACUUUCAUCAAUUUCCGCGACUACAACAGCACGGCCAAUUCUCCUGCCAACUUAACCGUCGAGGAGUCGCUCCCCUUCCUCUUCUCCCACUCCGAGUCCUGGUACCGUAACGCCGUGCAAGCCGCCUACUCCUACGGCGUCGCGCACACCCGCGCCGAAGUCGAGCGCAACCAGCAAAUUCCAUCUAAAUGGGUAAAUCCGCUCGAGACGCGCCUGCCGCUGGCGCCAAACCUUAAGAUCUACUGCUUCUACGGCAUCGGGAAGCCGACGGAGCGGGCGUACUUUUACCGCGAGGAUAACGAUCCGGCGUCGACGAUUAACGUGACUAUUGACACAAGCGUAUCCGCUAAUAAUGCGGACCGGGGUGUCGUAUUGGGAGAGGGGGAUGGGACGGUGAAUCUGUUGAGUAGCGGGUAUAUGUGCACGAAGGGAUGGAAGAUGAAGAGGUACAAUCCGGCGGGGGUAAAGGUCACGGUAUAUGAGAUGCCGCAUGAGCCGGAUAGGUUUAGUCCGAGGGGAGGGCCGAAUACUGGCGACCACGUUGACAUUCUCGGCCGCUCUUCCCUAAACGACCUAAUCCUACGAGUCGCUGGCGGUAAAGGCGAACUCAUCAAUGAGACGAUCCACUCCAAUAUCCGCGAGUACGCGGACAAGGUCAAGAUAUGGGAUGACGAGACGUGA